AUGAAAAGUUGUGAUUUACAGCCUAAUGUUAUUGUUUACACGUCGUUAGUUCAUGGCCUCUGCAAAAACGAGCGCAUAGAGGAUGCUAAGAAGUUUUUCUCAGAAAUGACCGAGAUAGGCUUGAUCCCAGAUAUAAUUGCUUACACGCCGUUGAUUAUGGGGACCGUUAAGCAGGGAGAUUUUCGGGAGGCUUUUGAUCUUGUAAAAAGAAUGAGUGAGGGUGGGGUGGGGCUCGAUCUUCACGUGUACACGUGUUUGAUUUAUGGGCUCUCCAAAUGCGGUCGGGUUCACGAAGCAAGGGAUUUGCUAUCGCAGAUGAUCGAAAGGGGAGUCGAGCCGGAUGACGUUGUGUAUGGCUGUCUCGUUCGUAAGUAUCACGAGCUUGGCAAAACUGAAGAAGCCGAUGCCUUGUUGAAUGAGAUGACAGAGAGGGGUCUCGGCCCUAUUAAAACUGAACUGCUGGCCAACGAUUCAAAGACCUGA